UCGUUGACGUGCAAGGGGUAUUUUUUGUUUGUUAGCUAACUCUCAACUUUCGUAUUAUUUUUUACUUUCGUGAUACCUCAUAAAAAAUUUAAUAGAGAAACUAUGUUCUCUAAUAACCAAUCGUGAUAUUUUCAAAGAACGUGUGAAAACGUGAUUACUAAAGUUGGUAAACUAAUAAAAUAUCCUCAAAAGUACUGUAGUCGACAGCAACAAUGGACCCACAAGAUCAGAUGGAAAUGAAAUACAAUGCAGGAAAUGAAGUAGGAGGUUUGGAAUUAUGUAUAGUGUGUGGAGAUAGAGCAUCAGGAAGGCACUAUGGUGCUAUUAGUUGUGAAGGAUGCAAGGGCUUCUUUAAAAGAUCAAUCCGCAAGAAGCUUGGCUAUCAGUGUCGAGGAAGUAUGAAUUGUGAAGUUACAAAACACCACAGAAAUAGAUGCCAGUACUGUCGUUUGCAGAAGUGCUUGGCUUGUGGCAUGAGAAGUGACUCGGUCCAACAUGAGAGGAAGCCGAUAGUAGAGAAAGUGAAGAGUGAAAGGGAUGUUCAUGAACGACAAGCAGCCUAUUCAAAACUAUUGGGACUGGCCAACCAUACACAAGGACAGAUAAACCCAAAAGAGGAAGGGGGCGAGGCAUUUGGUGCAGUAUCUCCAGCAGCUCCGGCUUUAAACUUUGCUUUAGCUGCUGCCGUUGCUUUCAACAAAGGGAAUCCAGGUGUUGCUCCAUACUUGGGUAGCGGGCCCAAUGAGUUGGAUGGAGCAAGACGGCAACAGCUCAUGUUGCAGACACAACUGGCAAAGAAUCUCUUUAAAAUGGGACAAUUUGGUGCAAUAAAUGAAUACCUGCAAUCAGCGUACGGGGCCACGCCUCCUGACGUACCCAUGGCCGCCUUACACGCAGCAGACACACAGCAAACUGAUGGUGAAGAAAUAGGUAUAUUCAGUAACCCGGACUCACUCGAACUGCCCUUAUCUCUCCCGGGGUCGGGUUCGCCUGCGCUGCGAUUACACGCGGCGUGCGAAGCGGCUGCUAGACUAUUGGGCUCUUUGGCUAGAUGGGUGCUAUCUAUGAACACAGUUACUGCGUUGCCUUUUGAGAUACAAGUUACGCUUCUCCGCAAGUCUUGGGCCGAGUUAUUCGUUUUGGGGCUUUGUCGUUGGGCCCAGCCUUUGGGGCUGGAUUCUCUUCUGCCUCUAAUGUCAGCGCACUUACACUCUGAGUUACGGGAAAGAUCAGAGAGUAGAAGUGGAAAUCAAAGCAGUGAAGUCACUACACCCGAGAUAACAAUAUCGGACUAUUCGGAUGAGCGUAUAACAGAAGUAUCAACGAUGCUGUCGCGUCUUCACCAAGUGGUCCAUAAUAUGCACCAGCUACGCAUCAGCGACCGUGAACACGCACACUUGAGGGCUUUAUGUCUCUUUUCAUCUGAUGGCGUUCCAGAUUUUCUGACCCGAAAACUUCAGGACUAUCAGAUGAAAGUACUACGGUCCCUGCGCUCCAUUUGUGACGAGGAGCGGGCAUUGACCCUUGUCCUACAACUGUCAGUACUACGCAGUUUCACCCCGACCUUUAUAGAAGAUGUCUUCUUUGUAGGCUUCGUAGGAGACGUCAGCAUCGAUGAGGUGAUACCCUAUUUGUUGAAUGCGGAACGAUAAGUAAUUAUGUCAAAUCAGAGUGCUUAAAAAAUACUAUGUGUGAUAAUGUUGGUGUAAAAAAUCGGCGUGGGGGUAUAAGAAAUAAUAAUAAUUUGCCACGCCCUAAUUUAUUAAUAUAUGUAACGAUUUUAUAGUUCUAAUUUUGAUCACAUUAACUAACGAGAACUGUUGAACUAUAAUGACGUACAGCAACACUGUCAACAGUGUGUAACAACAAAGAAGGCCUUAAAUCCAACAACGGUUCUUUUUCUGCACAGACUAACUGUAAUUUAAAAAUGUCAAUACAAUUGGUCACGUGACCCAUAGAAACUGCAUUCACUCUGUGUCACCCGACUGAAAGUAUUUUUGUCUAAU